AUGGAGAAUGGAAAGAACCAGUAUGGACGUAAGACUUGGGAUGUGGAUGCCUAUGCCCGAAUCGCCAAGGAGAGGCGAGAAAAUAGGGGCCAUAAUGGCACGAAAAGCGGUGCCAAUGUGAUACGAAACUUAAAGAAAGAAGAUAUUUUACGUCAAGCUGUCGGGGGCAGAACUGGUGAAAGCGAAGCAGUGGAUGGUGAAAGCCAGUUUGGAGAGGACAACAGUUGGUUCACGUGCCAGGUGUGCAGACGACGAUUCAAGGAUAGUCUUAAGUUGUCCGAGCACCUUUCAAGUAGAAUGCACCGGGAGAGGCUAAAAGAACUGAAGAUAGAGACUUCUGUGGAGAGUGGCGACGACCACAACACUCCGAUCACCCUUGAUAGAGUGAAAAAGCAUUUAGCGGUUCUUGCCCAACGAAUGGCGCAGAAAUAG